UUGAUUAAGUCUGGUGUUUCUUUUCCAUGCCAAGAUUUAAUCUGAUACACUUAUCAAAACCUACGUGUGUCGGAAACUGCUGAGUGCGCUCAUGCUUGGGGUGAACAGGUGGCGCAGGCUCCGGUUCCGUAUUACGUACUAUUCAUUAGCCGGUAGAGACGAGGGACGGGCAAGUCACCGACAGAUUGGAGUUACUGUACUUUCAGACGUGCGUAAUUCACGGGACGCUUAGCAUUUGAAAUCCCCCAGAAACGAGGGCGACAAAAGAGCUGAUCCAACAACCUGAGCGAAUUUUACUGAGAAGAGAGAAGUGACAGCGAGCUGUUAUGCCAGUUGCUGACAGCGAGAUGGUUGUGGACAGCAGCCAUGGGGUGCAUGAGGGCAAAACCCCAAAUUCUACCGGGAAUGAGAGCAUCCUCUCGGCCUCCCUGUGCAGUCCUGCCGCGGACAUCCUAAGGAACUUUUACCACACCAAGCGGGUCGGGAACUACCUGAUCGGGAGGAAGCUGGGAGAAGGAUCUUUCGCCAAAGUUAGAGAAGGUCUCCACGCUUUGACUGGAGAAAAGGUGGCGGUGAAGGUGAUCGACAAGCGGAAGGCCAAGAAGGACUCGUACGUGACCAAGAACCUGCGGAGGGAGGGCCACAUCCAGCAGAUGAUCCGCCACCCCAACAUCACGCAGCUGCUGGACAUCCUCGAGACAGAGAACAGCUAUUACCUGGUGAUGGAGCUCUGUCCCGGGGGAAACCUCAUGAACCGCAUCUACGACAAGAAGCGCCUGGACGAGAGGGAGACACAGAAAUACGUGCGGCAGCUGGUGAUGGCCGUGGAGCACUUGCACAGGGCAGGGGUGGUGCACAGGGAUCUGAAGAUUGAAAACCUUCUGUUGGAUGAGCAGGACAACAUAAAGCUCAUAGAUUUUGGCCUGAGUAACUGCGCUGGCAUCCUCGGUUAUUCAGACCCGUUCAGCACCCAGUGCGGAAGCCCCGCCUACGCCGCCCCAGAGUUGCUCUCGAGGAAGAAGUAUGGGCCGAAGGUGGACGUCUGGUCCAUUGGUGUGAACAUGUACGCAAUGUUGACGGGAACGCUCCCGUUCACUGUGGAGCCCUUCAGCCUCCGAGCCCUGCACCAGAAAAUGGUGGACAAGGAGAUGAACCCUCUGCCUCCCUCUCUCUCUACAGCUGCCAUUUGUCUUCUAAAGAAGCUUCUCGAGCCAGACCCCAACAAGCGCCCCAAUAUCCACCAGGUGAUGGCCGACUCCUGGCUACAGCUGGCCAACAAAAACACAGGAGCGCCGUACCUCAACAGGAUCCACAUUGAGGAAAUCAACCACACGGUGUUGCUCCAUAUGACAGAGAGGAUGGGCUAUAAACACAGCGAGGUGCUGAGUGCUGUCCUCACCAACCGUGCCUGCCACACUUUGGCCGUUUACUUCCUGCUCAACAACAAGAUGAAAAGACUUUCCAAGGAAUACAGGGAGAUGCAGUACCAGGAGAAAAAGACGGAGAAAAAUGAAUACUUCCAAACCCAGUGGAGGAAGCACAUCGACAAGAUCACCAUCCCGCCCAAACAGACGCCCGUCUACCUGGCUGUCAGCAAGGGGCCCAGCAAGGAGAAGAAACACAGGACAGGUCUCCUCCGUGCCAUAACCGGUGGCCAUCGUAACUCCCCUCUGGCUCCGCCCGGCACCGUGGCCUCUUCCUCCAUGGAGUACCUAGAGAUCCAUCCUCUCUUUCCCAACACACCACAGCAACGGAGGCGGCUGGCCACCCUCCCACAAGUUAACACCAGCCCAGAACACAACAUCCCCGCCCCUCCGGCACCAUCACCCAUUGGCAUGCAUUCCUUUGACUCCCUUUCCAAAGCGGAGCAAAUCGAAGACACCCCUGCGGCACCCUGGUACAAGCUGACCAACGGGACUUUCUCCCCGCCCCGUCACGUAUCUGCCUUCCACCCCGAUUCCUCCUACUUGAAGAAGGCCACAAUCCCUAGUCCACCUGUCCUCAUUGUCAACCCGCAGCCCAAGAAGAGCAACUCGUCCGACUGGUGCGGUUCCUCUGACACCAGCGGGAGCCCGCCCAGCACUGUAGGAAGCCCAGGGGGUUCAGCUUUCAGCCCUCCCAAGUCAGCCUUCAGCCCCCUCAACCCCACCUCGGCAUUCAGCCCUCCUUCUAGCGGGGGCAGCAGCGACCCCGACAGCCCAACACAUCGCAGUAAGUUCCCCUCUAUGGGGAUUGGACAGAUCCUGAAAAAGAAGGUCCAGCUGCAGCCAUUCACCUUCCGGGCAGAGCAGGUGGUUGAAGAGGUGGUGUCCCCGCCCCCCUACCCCAUGCAGACUCUGCUCUGCGCUUCAGGUGCACUGAAGACCCUCUGCUGAGGUAUACCACGCAAGAAAGUAAGAAAGAAUGAAAGACAGACUGAUUUUGAACUCAAGGCCCCUCUUAACAUUUUUUUGUAAGUUGGGGUGGUCUUCCAGAGCGGCCUUCUGAACUGUGAACUGUCCCUUUAUUGUGAAUGGGUCACUUUUUAUGCGAAAGUUGAUCUUUCAAAAAAGGAAAAUGAAAAAAAAAAAAAGAAAGACAUGGGGUUGAAUGAGAGCAUAAAAAUGUAAUCUCUGUUACGAAUCUCUUACGUAUUUAAUAAGAAGUGAGUGACGCAGAGAAGAUGAGAUUUGAGAUGUAUACCUAAGCAAUGACUAAACCCUAAGGCAAUCCCAGAUAAAGCGCAGAGACGGGGCAUCAUAUAAUAUGAGCCUCAAGAACAAGGUGUACACAUACAUGUGCAAAACACUGUAUUAUAGACUUCGUGAGAGAUAGUCUCUCUUAUGUAAUAUUGCUGUAACUGAUUACGAAACUGAGCCGCAGACUGAUUCACACCAGCCAAUAUACCCUGACCCUUACCCUGACUUAGGUGUAUUACUGUCGAAAUGAAUGCUUUCUGUGAAACUCUCUUAAGAUACCCACUGACCUCCAGCCAGCUGGCACUGUAUCCUCAAUGCUGUCUGGAUGAAGACAUCCACUGCACUAUUUUUGAAAACCAAAACCUACAAUAGCAACAGGGUUCGACAUCUGUUACCUCACUGCAUUGUUCGUACAUUAAUGUCGCCGCAGUCGAUCAUGACGUGCUUGUGUGGAUUUUGCCACAUAGUUGCAGUGUUUGAGCACCAGUGCCAUUACGUGUAACACAACGAAAUAGAAGUAGGUUUCAAGAGUCAUUCUGUCACACUUCAUAAAGUUGACAUUACACAGUAUAUCACUCAGUGUUGAUAAUAACUCACAGUCACAACUCUUUUAUAGCUUAGUUUUACAUCACCUAUAUGACCCACAGGCAAUCCACUGAAAAAUGUGACUGUAAAUUACUUAAUUAUGUCUUUCUCACAGCAGGAUAUCAUAGAGUCGCCAAAGGCUGAGAGUAUGGGGGUGGGAGGGAUUAGUAUCACAAAACGUCCAUGAAAAUGAUUAACUUCCUAUUGUCUUAAUGCUGUAGUUUGUGCAAUAGUCCUAAGUGUUAACUGCAAUGCCGAAUAUUUGCCAAGAACUUUUCGAGAGUGAUGUGAAAUUUGUGCUUGUAAAUACAGUAUGAUUCCAGUAUUCUUGUUGCUUAUAGUGUUCUGUACCAACGGGAUUUCUUAAGUGUUCAUCGAGCUACUAUUUUCCACAUUCACGCCGUUUCACAAAACUGUUUGACUCUACAGAAGGCUUCCACGUGCACUCAAGGCUGCUCACUGUUACGAUAGAAUCUCUUUCUGUCAAGACUUGCAUGCAAAAUUGUAUUGUCAACAUUUGAAAAGAUGUCUUUGUACUUUUUGGGUUGAUACUGAGAUUGAUACAGACUCGGGGGUCUUUUGUAAGAUUUUCUAAGGGAUGGUUUUGUUUGAGUGUCAAGAGAUUUCUAUGCUGUAUAAAAUAUUUUAAAUAUUUAUACUGAA